GUUUAUCCGCUGGAAGAACUGGGUGGUAUUCCCGCUCUCCUCAGUCUUUGGCUCCCCCAGCCGGGGGAGGUUGGCACCCCCUUUUUCCUGCUCUGAGAGGGACCGGUUGCCAUCGCCAUACUUCUGUAGCUCUGUGGUCUGCGUUGUGACUGCUCUGGACGUGGGAGUUACCUGAAAGCGAGGAAAUGGACUCGGUGGCUUUCGAGGAUGUGGCUGUGAACUUCACCCAGGAGGAAUGGUCUUUGCUGGAUCCUUCCCAGAAGAAUCUCUACAGAGAAGUGAUGCAGGAAACCUUGAGGAACCUGGCCUCUAUAGGAGAAAAAUGGAAAGACGAGAACAUUGAAGAUCAGUACAAAAAUCCCAGGAAUAAUCUAAGAAGUCUUCUGGGAGAGAGAGUCGAUGAAAAUACAGAAGAAAAUCAUUUUGGAGAAAUUUUUAGCCAGAUUCCAGAUGACACACUGAACAAAAAAACUUCUCCUGGAGUAAAAUCAUGUGAAAGCAGUGUGUGUGGAGAAGUCUUCCUGGGUCAUUCUUCCCUUAAUAGGCACAUUAGAGCUGACGCUGCACACAAGCCAUCUGAGUAUCAGGAAUAUGGACAGAAGCCAUAUAAGUGUCAACAACGUAAGAAAGCCUUCAGAUGUCACCCCUCCUUUCAAACGGAAGAAAAGGCUCACACUGGAGAAAAACUCUAUGAUUGUAAAGAAUGUGGAAAAACCUUCAUAUCCCGUUCAAGCAUUCGAAGACACAUGAUAAUGCACAAUGGAGAUGGACCUUAUAAGUGUAAGUUUUGUGGGAAAGCCUGCCCUUGUCUCAGAGUAUAUCUUAUACAUGAACGAGUUCACACUGGAGAGAAACCAUAUGAAUGUAAACAAUGUGGUAAAGCCUUUAGUUAUUCAAAUUCCCUUCAAAUACAUGAAAGAACUCACACUGGAGAGAAGCCUUAUGAAUGUAAGGAAUGUGGGAAAGCGUUUGGUAGUCCCAAUUCCUUUUAUGAACAUAAAAGAACUCACACUGGAGAGAAGCCAUAUGAAUGCAAACAAUGUGGAAAAGCCUUCAGAUGGUUCCAUUCCUUUCAAAUACAUGAAAGAACUCACAGUGAGGAAAAGCCUUAUGAAUGUACCAAAUGUGGGAAAGCAUUCAAGUGUCCCAGGUAUCUUUGUAGACAUGAAGUGACCCACUCUGAAAAGCCCUAUGAAUGUAAACAGUGUGGGAAAGCAUUAUCUUAUCUUAACUUUCAAAGACACAUGAAAAUGCACACUAGAAUGAGACCUUAUAAAUGUAAGACAUGUGGAAAAGCCUUUGAUUCUCCCAGUUCAUUUCUAAGACAUGAAAGAACUCACACUGGAGAGAAACCUUAUGAAUGAGCGCACUGUGGUAAAUCCUUUAAUCGUUCCAGUUCCUUUCACUAUCACGAAAGGACUCACACUGGAGAGAAACCCUAUGAAUGCAAGCAGUGUGGAAAAGCCUUCAUUUCUUCCACUUCCUUUCGAUAUCAUGAAAGGACUCACACUGGAGAGAAACCCUAUGCUUGUAAGCAAUGUGGGAAAGCCUCCAGAUCUGCCUCACACCUUCAAAUGCAUAAAAGGACUCACACUCAAGAGAAACCCUAUGAAUGUAAGCAGUGUGGUAAAGCCUUCAUUUUUUCCACUUCCUUCCGAUAUCAUGAAAGGACUCACACUGGAGAGAAACCCUAUGAGUGUAAGCACUGUGGGAAAGCCUUCAGAUCUGCCUCACACCUUCAAAUGCAUGAAAGGACUCACACUGGAAAGCAACUGUAUGAAUCUAAACAAUGUGAAAAAACCUUUGAAUCUGUCAGAAACCUUCAAAUUCAUGAAAAGACACACACUGGAGAGAAACCCUAUAAGGAAUGUGGAAAAGCAUUCAACAAUUUCUCUUCCUUUCAAAUACAUGCAACGAUGUAUAGAGGACAGAAUGCCUAUGAAUGUAAAGAGUGUGACAAAGCAUUCACAUCUGCCAAGAUCCUUCGAGUACAUGAAAGGACACACACUGGAGAGAAACCCUAUGAAUGUAAGGAAUGUGGGAAAGCAUUCAAUUAUUUUUCUUCUUUGCAUAUACACAAAAGGGUGCACACUGGAGAGAAGCCACAUGAAUGUAAGGAUUGUGGGAAAGCAUUCGGUUUGCCUGGUUCCUUUCGUAGACAUAAAAGGGCUCACACUGGAGUGAAACCCUAUGAAUGCAAGCAAUGUGGCAAAGCCUUCACUUCUUCUGGUUCCUUUCAGUGUCAUAAAAGGAUUCAUACUGGAGAGAAACCUUAUGAGUGUAAGCAGUGUGGUAAAGCCUUCAUUUCUUCCACUGCCAUUCGUAGACAUGAAAGGACUCACACUGGAGAGAAACCCUAUGAGUGUAAGCAAUGUGGAAAAGCCUUUAUUUCUUUCAGUUCCGUUCGGUACCACGAAAGGACUCACACUGGAGAGAAACAGUAUGAGUGUAAGCAAUGUGGGAAAGCCUUCAUGUCUUCUACUGCAUUUCAGUAUCAUGAAAAGACCCACACUGGAGAGAAACCCUAUGAAUGUAAGCAAUGUGGGAAAACCUUCAUUUCUUCCAGUAGCCUUCGAUAUCCUGAAAGGACUCACACUGGAGAGAAACCUUACGAAUGUAAGCAGUGUGGUAAAGCCUUCAGAUCUGCCACUCAACUUCAAAUGCAAGGAAAGAUUCAUACUGGAGAGAAACCCUAUGAGUGUAAGCAAUGUGGGAAAGUCUACAGAUCUGCCUCACAACUUCAAGUACAUGAAAGGACUCACACUGGAGAGAAACCCUAUGAAUAUAAGCAAUAUGGGAAAGCCUUCAGAUCUGCUAAGAACCUUCAAAUACAGACAAUGUAAACAAAUGUUUAUAGCAACUGC